AUUCGAAUGCUGGAACAUCCCUCUUUGCAAAUAGUACAUAAUGGAACUCUACAGGAAGGGAAUAUUAUUAUUGCAACAUCCAUCAUUAAAAUCAAGAUGCCUGCUUAUGAUGCAGAACUUUUCUACAUUGUCCUGAAAGACUGGAUUUCUCAUCCCAACCCGACGCAGGUAGAGAAGAUAUACAGGGGUAUACAUAGUUUACCAGGAUAUGUUCCCUCAACCCGUCUUCUAGGAUCAUACACAGGCACUUUAUUAUGCCCCUGGACUAAUUCUACAAUUUUGGACAACCCUGCCAUCAACAUUUCAAGGUACUAUUCUCCUAAGUCAAUACCUGGAAACUUUGAACUGAGAAACUUUAACUCCAGUUACCAUAAUCUCAAAAAACUAGACGAGGUCUGGACAGGGUUAACUACUCCCUGGCCUCUCAUCCUUCGAGUCUUUGCCAAAUCUAAAUCUAGAAUUUUUAUCAGACAAGAAGAUCAGAGAAAACCGAUACUUUGUAUGAGAACCGUUCUUGCUGGAGACCUGACUGGAUUCUGUAAGAUUCUGGUUUGGGAUGAUGCUGUUUUAUCUUUUGCAGCACUCAACGAAGGAGAUAUUUUAGUGCUGGGUGGCAAAUAUAAGAUUGGAAAAUACCAGAAGAAGAAAAUUGAUCCUUAUAUUUUAGAGCCGAAGGAAAAGACACAAAUUCAUCUUGAAACUUUGUUUCAUUUUCUGAAACCCCAUUCCCUCCCCCCUUCCCUUUUGAAUUUGUUUCUCCCAGAAGUUGUACGUACCCAGCUGGAAAAUUAUUCUUUCUUUCCACAGUUUUCUUUUUAUUUACUAUGAUCGGAACUCUUUUUU